CUUGCUCACUUUUCUCCGGCCAAUUUUGCAGAAGACAGCUUUUGAAGAUCAAGGAGUGAUGAAUCGGCCAAAGGUUCAGCGUCGUGUUGGAAAGUAUGAGGUUGGAAAAACGCUUGGACAAGGCACUUUUGCCAAAGUUCGGUGUGCUGUUAAUACUGAGACUGGAGAACGUGUGGCUCUCAAAAUCCUUGAUAAGGAGAAGGUUCUCAAGCAUAAGAUGGCUGAACAGAUAAGGAGAGAAAUUUGUACUAUGAAGCUAAUAAACCAUCCAAAUGUAGUGCGGCUGUAUGAGGUUUUGGCGAGCAAGACUAAGAUAUAUAUUGUCCUAGAGUUCGGUACUGGUGGAGAGCUUUUUGACAAAAUUGUACACGAUGGGCGCUUGAAAGAAGAGAACGCACGGAAAUAUUUUCAGCAGCUUAUCAAUGCAGUUGAUUACUGCCAUAGCAGGGGAGUGUACCACCGGGACUUAAAGCCGGAAAACUUGCUUCUAGAUGCUCAAGGAAAUCUGAAAGUCUCUGAUUUUGGAUUGAGUGCGUUGUCCCGACAAGUCAGGGGUGAUGGUCUUCUUCACACUGCAUGCGGAACUCCAAACUAUGCUGCUCCUGAGGUUCUUAAUGAUCAAGGUUAUGACGGGGCAACCGCAGACUUGUGGUCCUGUGGAGUGAUACUGUUUGUACUACUUGCUGGCUACUUGCCUUUCGAGGAUUCUAAUCUCAUGACGCUGUAUAAAAAGAUAAUAGCUGGUGAAUUUUAUUGUCCUCCUUGGCUCUCUCCUGGUGCUAAGAACUUGAUUGUGCGAAUCUUGGAUCCAAACCCUAUGACUCGUAUCACAAUUCCUGAGGUUCUGGAAGAUGCGUGGUUCAAGAAAAAUUACAAGCCAGCUGUUUUCGAGGAGAAGGAAGAAGCCAACUUGGAUGAUGUGGACGCUGUUUUUAAAGAUUCAGAAGAGCAUCAUGUCACAGAAAAGAAAGAGGAGCAACCAACUUCGAUGAAUGCCUUUGAGUUGAUAUCAAUGUCGAGAGCUCUGGAUCUCGGGAAUUUGUUUGAAGAGGAAGAGGGAUUCAAGCGAGAAACGAGAUUUGCAGCUAAAGGCGCAGCUAAUGAUUUAGUCCAGAAGAUUGAAGAAGCUUCUAAGCCGCUUGGUUUUGAUAUUCAAAAGAAAAACUAUAAGAUGAGACUUGAAAACGUGACUGCUGGAAGGAAGGGAAACCUAAAAGUUGCAACUGAGAUAUUUCAAGUAUCACCGUCUCUUCAUAUGAUCGAAGUCCGGAAAACUAAAGGGGAUACAUUAGAAUUCCAUAAGUUCUACAAGAAGCUCUCGACCUCACUUAACGAUGUGAAUUCGAAAUAUUGUGUGAACCUUGGAGCUAUGGCUUCCUUAUCGACGAUAACUCAACCGUCUUUAGUCCACAUUCCCGGCGAAUCCGUCCUCCAUCACGUACCAAGCACGUGCUCUUUCCCGUGGAAGCCAACAAUCAACACGAAGCGGAUUAUCUGUUCCCCUGCUAGGAAUUCCAGUGAGGUAUCGGCAGAAGCAGAAACCGAAGGCGGAUCUAGCACCGCCGUGGAUGAAGCACCGAAAGAAUCUCCGUCUUUAAUAUCCGCUCUCAACGUCGAACGCGCUCUUCGUGGCCUUCCAAUUACAGAUGUUGAUCACUAUGGACGGCUUGGGAUUUCCAGAAAUUGUUCUUAUGAUCAGGUUAGAAUUGGUUACCAAGAUAGAGUUAAGGAGCUAAAGGAACAAGGCCUAGACGAAGAACAACUCAAGAACAAGAUGGAUCUUCUCAAAGAGUCAUAUACGAUAUUGUCGACCGUGGAAGAGAGAAGAAUGUACGAUUGGAGUCUAGCCAGAAGCGAAAAAGCAGAGCGGUACGUGUGGCCAUUUGAGGUUGACAUCAUGGAACCAUCCAGGGAAGAGCCGCCUCCUCAGGAACCGGAAGAUGUCGGACCAACGAGGCUUUUGGGAUACUUCAUUGGGGCAUGGCUUGUCCUUGGUGUUGCUCUUUCUGUUGCAUUCAAUCGUUAGCCAAAUUUCAUUUCUUUAUACUCUUCUUUCGUAUCUUCUUCCUCACUUCAAAUCCGAUGUAUAUUUACCCGAUUAGAUAUCUACGUGUAAUAUAUCUGAUGAUCUUCAAGCUACAACAAUGUAAUGUAUCUCAUAUUCUCAUGUAUGUUGGGUAAUUUAUGUUUCCCCUUAAAUUUGUGGUAAAGGGGAUUAAGAAUAAUGAGUUCAUUAUGCG